ACCUUCAGCAUCCCAGACUCAGAAGGUGACAGAGCCACUUGAAAGGUUGGACAACACAGGGAAGCAGCCAACUCGUCUCAGAUUUGCUGAGAAGAGCAACAGUAAGGAACCAACAGGGGAUCAGACAAUCAGAGCAGAUGGCAACCUACAAACUGUUUGUGGCCACAGGCCAAAAUGAGUAUGCUGGAACAAUGGACUAUAUUUAUGCGACAGUGAUUGGGAAGGAAGGGCAGAGUGAGACAACAACAUUGGACAAUUUUGGAAGAGACCAUUACCGUGGAUGUGUUGGUGAAUAUGAUGUUUCUAGUAAAGUUCUACUUGAAGACAUCUGGUUUGUGGAGCUAGAGAAGCGCUACCAUUUUGGUGAUAACUGGUUUUGCCGCUACGUGGAGGUGAAGUGCCCUGAUGGGACUUCUAAGAUAUUCCCCUGUUACCGCUGGUUUGAAGGCAACAUGACGAUCAGGCUGCGAGAAAGUUUAGCUCGUAAAGUACAGGAUGACACAAUAAAUGACUUCCACUUCUACAGGCAAAAAGAACUGCAGGAACGGCAGCAGACAUACAGGUGGAAGGAUUGGAAACCAGGAUUUCCCAAGUGCAUUGAUGCCACAUCUGAGCAGGAUAUUCCUCCAGAGCAUCGUUUCUUCAAUGAGAAGAGUUAUGACUUCAACAAAUCACAUUUUGCAGCCAUAACUGAUCUUGGUAUCAAGAGUAUAUUCAAUAAGUUGAAAUGCUGGGAUGCCCUUGAAGAUUUCCAAAGUAUUUUAUCCAGUCCAUCACCCAUAGCAGCAUAUGUUAUGGAGAACUGGAAGGAAGACUGGUUUUUUGGCUACCAGUUCUUGAAUGGGUGCAAUCCCAGAAUGAUCAAAAGUUGCUCUAAUCUUCCUGAAAAUUUUCCUGUAACAGAGGACAUGGUAAAGCCCACACUGCAGCAGUACAAGACAACACUGAAGAAUGAAUUGAAGGCCGGGAACAUUUACCUGGUAGACUACUGCAUUCUGGAGGGCAUCCCUGUCAAUGUGAUCAAUAAGAAACCUCAGUAUAUUACGGCCCCUCUGUGCCUGCUGUAUGAUCACCCUGAGAGAGGACUGAUACCACUGGCAAUACAGAUACAACAGAAUCCUCAUGAGGAAAACCCCAUCUUCCUCCCAUCUGAUUCUGAACUUGACUGGCUUUUAGCAAAGAUGUGGGUUCGACAUGCUGAUUUUCAAGUCUAUGAGGCUCUUUCUCACCUUCUGCGCACACAUUUGGUCUGUGAGGUGUUUUGUGUAGCCACCAUGAGACAACUGCCUGCAGUUCACCCUGUUUAUAAGCUCCUAAUCCCACAUAUGCGUGACACCUUGGCAAUCAACGCUAAUGCCCGUUUAACGCUCAUUUCAGAGAACGGCGCCUUUAAAAAGGUCUUUUCCAUCGGAGGUAAUGGGUUGAAUGUGUUGCUUCAGAAGGAGUGCCAAGAGAUUGAGUUCAAGUCUCUUCUGCCCAAAGCUGAUUUUGAGAAACGAGGUGUGAGCCAGCUAAAGAACUACUUCUACAGAGAUGACUGCCUGAAAUUAUGGGAGGCCAUUGAGAGUUUUGUGUCUGAUAUUGUGGAUCUCUUCUAUUCCUCUGACGAGGAUGUUAAAGAAGAUAAGGAGCUGCAGAACUGGAUUGAUGAUGCUGUUACAGGGGGCUUUGAGGAACUUCGUAACUUUGGCUUGCACAGGAACAUAGAAGAUAAAAAAACACUUGUCACUAUCCUGACAGGGGUCAUCUUUACAAGCUCUGCCCAACAUGCAGCAAUCAAUAGUGGACAGUAUGACUGGUGCUCAUGGGUGCCAAACACACCCUGCAGUAUGCGGUGUCCCCCACCCCCUCAAAAGGGUCUGGCUACCAUGGAUUUGAUCAUGAAUACACUCCCACAAAUGUAUGAGUCUUGUUAUCAGGUGGCCAUCACAUGGGUCCUUAGUCGUGAACAGCCUGAAGGAGUCUGGCUUGGUCAGUACCCAGAGGAUCAUUUCACUGAGAAGGCUGCCAGAGAUCAUAUUGACAAAUUCCAAAAAGCACUCAAGAAGAUUGAAAAGUUAAUUGAUGAAAGGAAUGCAAACCGUCAGUUGACAUAUGAGUACCUGAAUCCAAGAAAAAUUGAGAAUAGCGUUGCUAUAUAAACAGUAAUUUGUGAUGUGCAAGUGUCACCAGAAGACAUGAUACAGCAGUGACAGUCUGGACCUAAAAUCAAGAAAGCAACAAAAAGAAAGAUUUUUUUACAGUGUCUUUUUAACUUUUUAAUUGCAAUGAAAUUAGUUUAGGAAGUAUAAACGUGUUAUUGUUUUUUCUUUGGUGAGAUUAGUUUUAAUUUUCAUAACCUCUUCUUUCUGAUGCUUUGUGAAGGGUCCUGACUGUGCACUUUCACCUUUAAGCAGUUUACUAAUUGGCCAAGGACUUAGAAACCUAGUGGAAGACUUUGAAAUGCUUUGAGAGAUACACUUGCUGACUUUUUGUGUAUUUCAGGGCUUUGCUUAAGCUAUUGCAUGACUGAUAAAAUCAUCUUCAAUAAACUGAAAACAAAA